AUGACGUCCAUAUAUGAUUUCGCGGCGCAUUUCAAUUCAAUCUCUCCCAUCUCACCAAUAAUGGGACAAGAAGCCAAGAAAGAAGAGCCAGUCCAACAACAAACCAACCCAAACGCACAACACUACGCUGGAACCCGAUACAUUGAUCCCCAAACAGCCUCUCCAUUCUUCCGCCUCCCGGCCGAAAUCCGCAACCAAAUAUACACGGCGCUCCUCUGCCCCAAUGCACCCACCCCCCACGACCUCCCCACCUUCAACCCGCAAGGCUACAAGCAAGCCACGCUCCACCCCGCAAUCCUCCGCACAUGCAAGAAAAUCUACCAAGAAGCCGAAAACAUGCUCUACACUACCAACAUCUUUCACGCACAUCCCGCCAUCCUCACCGCACUCCCCCAUCUUACCUCCGCCGCACAACCCGUCAUCAACCCCGAUAGCAUCGCCAAGAUCAGCCGCUGGCAGAUUAGCAUGCGGUUGGACACGGAUCCGCGCUUCUCCGCGCAACAGGCGGCGGCUGCGUUCAGCGGUGCCGAGUACCUGGAGAUUAGGGUGUGGCAGAGCAUGUUUGACGGCUGCGAUGCAUCUGUUCUGCGACUGUUUCUUGGGGUGAGAGGGGUGAGGGUGGCGAGGGUAACGGGUAGUGUGAAUGCGGAGCUUGCGCGGUGGCUGGAGCGCAGGAUGAUGAGUCCGGUGGAGAAGAGUGUGGAGGGGGAGGUUUGUGGGUGCAAGGGCGAGAGGGAACUGAGAUGUACGGGGUGUGGGAAGAAGGUUAUGCUGGAGGAGGAAGAAAGGAAGGGUGAGUGGUUUGGUGGGCGGGAUGCUUGGUCAUUUGGUCGUUGA